AUGGUCGCCGGAGUGGGAGUGAUGAACGGUGGAAUCCGAGGUGGAUUAUCAUCGUCAAUUUUGUUUGAACAAUCUGCUCACAACAGAAUAAAAUUACUUGUAGUGCUGAAAUCAAAUGGUUUCAAAGGCCAGUUUUUGAGAUUGAUGAUUGGGAAUUUGUUGGAAUUUGAAUCAGAGGAAAUUUUGUCUCAUCUAGAUAAACCAUUGUCGUGUCUCAUGUUUGGAGGUCUAUCUGCUAUUGAAGAAGGUAGAGCUGCUACAAGUGAAGUUAAUGAUGAAUUAGAGAAGUUUCUCAUGUCAUUAUGCGGUAAGCAUGAUGAUAAAGAAAUCCUAUGUGAGGUUGACACAAGACUGAUGCCUUGGAAUCAUCUAAAUUGUCCACAAUUUUUAUUAUUUUCCAAUGCUGAUGCACUUUCUUUUAGUAUAUCCCGUUUCAACCCUGGUGCUACCGACAUAGUUUACGACGGGGAUGCACUGGCAUCAAAUGGAGCUAUCGAACUCAUCAAUCUGGUAGAUUACACUUGCCGUAUUGGCCACGCUACGUAUGCAGAACAUGUUCCUCUAUGGGAUCCUUCCACUGGAACACAAACUGAUUUCACUACACAAUUUUCCUUCAGCAUUGAUACUCUAAGUUCCGACUUUUAUGGCCAUGGAAUUGCUUUUUUUCUUGCUCCUGUGAGUUAUCAAAUCAUACCCAACUCAAACAGCGCCUUCCUCGGAAUGGUGAACACUACUGCUAAGGUGGCCUUGUCUGAAGUCCCUGUUGUAUUUGUUGAAUUCGAUACUUAUGUGAAUAAACAAUGGGAUCCGUCGGUGCAGCAUGUUGGUAUCAAUAACAACUCUAUUUACUCUUCUGUUUAUGCAGAUUGGGAUGCAGGAUCUUACAGCGGCAAAACUGGUACUGUGUUGAUCACUUAUAAGAGUACUACUAAGGUUCUGACUGUUUUCUGGACUUACGAAGAAAAUCCAGUUUUUCCGAGCAAUAAUUCACUGUCUUAUGAGAUUGAUUUGAUGAAAAUCUUACCACCAUGGAUCAAAAUUGGCUUCUCAGCCGCGACGGGCCAGUAUAUGGAGAGAAACACCAUUCGCUCGUGGGAAUUCAGUUCAACUUUGGUCGCUACAGAACCAGAACCUGAGCCAGAACCAGAUCCGAAUCAGCCACACAGGAAAAGAUCAAUGCUGGAGGUGUAUUGGAUAGUGAUUGUCGUAAUUACAGGGUUUUUCUGUUUCGCGUUCGGAGUUUUCGUGACAAUGAACAGAAGAAUUAUAGCUGAAAAGCUAAUAUGCUAUGGAAAGAGAAGUAAGUAUGCUGGUGCUUCUGUAUAUACUGAGCUAGAGAAAGGAGCUUUUCCGAAACGUUUCGCUUACGCGGUGCUUGCUAAAGCUACUAAUAGCUUCGCAAGUGACAAUAAGUUAGGCCAUGGAGCAUCUGCAAAUGUUUAUAGAGGAGCAUUGACUGAUCCCUGCUGCAUAGUUGCUGUCAAGAAAGUUUUUGCCGAAUCAGACGCUCUUUUCGUGAACGAAGUAAAUGUUAUAAGCAGUUUAAGACAUCGAAACCUGGUCCAAUUCCUCGGAUGGUGUCUCGAACGAGGUGAAUUCUUACUUGUUUAUGAGUAUAUGCAGAAAGGUAGUCUUGCAGAUCAUCUUUUCGGUAAUAAAAAACCACUUCCUUGGAGCUCACGGUACAGUAUCAUGUUGGCUGUGGCUUCAGCUCUUAAAUACCUUCAUGAAGAUGCAGAGCAAACAGUUCUUCAUAGAGAUAUAAAACCUGAAAAUAUCUUGCUACGAACCGAUUUCACCGCGAAAGUCGGAGAUUUCGGGAUUGCGAAACUUGUCGAUACACAGUUGAAACCUGAAAUAACAAAUGCUGUGGGUACUCCAGGUUAUCGAGACCCUGAAUAUGAGAGAACAGGAGUGGCUAGCGAACACACGGAUAUGUACAGUUUUGGAAUUGUUGCGUUAGAAAUUGCAAGUGGCAAGAGGAACCAGAGAAGGGGGGCUAGUUCAGUGUUAAUAAAUGAAAUUUGGAGUUUGUAUAAACAAGGAAAAAUGGUUGAUGCAGCUGAUAAGAGAUUAAAGGCAAAUUUUGAUGGGAAAGAAAUGGAAUGUUUGAUGAAUGUGGGAUUGCUUUGCACUAAUCCAACGGCGAGAGAAAGGCCGUCGGCUAGACAAGUAAUUCAGUACCUUAACUUUGAAGCAACAUUGCCGAUACUUCCAGCAAUGAUGCAUGAUCCUGUGUUUCCUUAUAACUCAGAGUUGGAAGGCAGGAAUACUCGGUGACCAUCAAAUUCAAAAAUCCGAUAUUUUUGCCCAAUGAUGAAGUUGGUGCUGCUGACUAGAAAUAUGU